AUGUUGCACGAGCCGCCGGCGACGUCGCUUAAAGAGAAGCGUUCCUCAGCGCUCAGUGGCUCGCUACGAUCGCACAGUCCCACGAUCGUAGAGCUUCAAGGUACGAAGAGUCUGAAUGAGUUCGAAGUCGUGGACAUCCUCGGACAAGGCAUGGUCGGUCUGGUGUUGCGCGCCAAGCACAAGGGCUCGGGCAAGGUGUGUGCGAUUAAAACCAUGCCGAAAUCGCAAGUCAUCGAAAACGGUGAAGAAGAGCAUUGUAUGGCAGAAAGGCGCGCGCUAGAAGAACUCCGCCAUGCACCGUUCGUUUGCAACUACUAUGCCUCGUUUCAGGACCCAUGGGCACUAUAUCUCGUCGUCGAGGAUUGCGUCGGCGAUAUGUUUGACUUGUUCAACAGAAGCGGAUUACCCGGCAUUGGGCAAAUCAAAGUGUACACCGCGCAAGUCUUGCUCGGGCUGGAGUACAUUCACAGCGCCGGGUAUGUCUAUCGCGACAUGAAACCCGAAAACUUGCUCUUGCGCUCGGAUGGCUCGAUCACGAUCGGUGACUUUGGAUUUGCGAAAAAGUUGGAAAAAGGCCAACGCGCGUACACCAUUUGCGGCACGCCGGAUUACCUCGCGCCGGAGCUCAUCUUGCAUCAAGGAUGCACGCGCGCGGCGGAUAUCUGGGCGUUCGGUAUCUUGGUGUUUGAAAUGAUCGCCGGAUUUCCGCCGUUUCGCGACCGACAGCGUCGCGAUUUGUACAAACGCAUCGUUCGCGCGGAUUUCGCCGCCGUCCCCGUGCCGCGACGCAUGGACAACGACGUGCACGAGAUGUUGUCGCAAAUUUUCGUGCGCGACGAAUCGCUCCGCUUAGGCAUUCGUGCGCCGGGCUUGGGCGCUAUCAAGGGUCACGCGUGGUACGAAACCAUCGACUGGGAAGCCGUCAUGAGCGGCAAACUUCGCCCGCUUCAUUUCCUCCCCGAACAGCUCUCGCGAGCCGACUUGUCGAGCAUCAAAGACGCGAAGACGGGUAAGUUUACGUGGAUGAACGGUCCGCCGCCGAACUCGAGCGAAGAAAAGUUCGUCGGUUUCUAA